AGUGUGUAUCUGGUGCUGGGACUGGGAGGGCGUCUUUUCUCUCUGGCUCCGUAGCUUGUAGUGGUGGCGCCAACUGAGGUCACUUAGAAAAUAUUUAUAUAUUUUUUUGCAUAGUAGUGACGCUAUUCAGAAACUGUCGCGCGAGUGAGUGGUAGAAUGAGAUAAACAUUCGAGAGGAAAAGCAGAUGAGAAAAAGAAAGUGGAAAUAGAAGAGAGAAAUCUUGUCAGGGAAUAAGAGGAGAUCGUCCAGAGACUAAUCUCCUUGUGAACUGAUAAUGAACACCCUGCGAAGUACAUAAACAGGUGCUAUUAAAACAAAAACAAAACAAAAAACUAAGAAAAAAGUGAAAGAAAACUAUUUUAUAAAUAAAACUAUAGGUUUAAAAGACAAACAAACAUCAGAAAACAACAACAAGAACCUCCACGUGACUCCAUUUCGAAAGCCCCGGAUGAAGGGGAAGGAAGCCAUGAUGCUGUGAUCUUGUUCUUGAGAUGAAAAAUACACCCGAUUUGGCGCAUCUUUCGCGGGCGUCGGGUCGGGUCGCUUUCUCGGAGGCCGUCUGAUCAUGACAGAUUCGUGCGAGAAAGGCCGCUGGACAAGCUUGUGUUUUGUGUUCGAAUCGUCGGGGAAGAAACGGUGAUGAUUCGAGGAUAAAACCCGAUCCUGUGGAAAGGCGUCCGGAGUGUGAUCCUAUCCUAUAAUCCUUCUCUCCUUUCGAGGAAGUGGAGAUCAUAACACAGCGUCUUUUAUUUUAUUCUUUCUUCUCUCUUCCUCUUGAGACAAUUUUUCCGUGUGGAAAGAUGAUCACUAGAAAAUCUUUCCUCUAUAAACAUUCGCCUCUUGUUGAUGUUCGUUCGUAGAGGCAGGGAUUCGGAGAGAGUUCCUCGGAGGAGAAGAAAAGUCACGUUCGGAUCAAGAUCUUGGGGGAGGAUUACUGCUCAGGCUACAUCGACACCUUCGGCAAGUGGAGCAAUGGGUUCCCUUGCCCGAGCCUGGAGACGGAGGAACCUGUGUACUGCUGCGGAACGAAUAACUUCAAGUACUGCUGCACCAAGAGGGACAUGCAGAACAUCACCAGGGAUAUUCCACAGUUGCCGCUGAUCCUUGGCGUGGUGUUCGGGGUGGCGGUCGCAGUGAUCGUCAUCGUGGUCGUGUCCUGCUUUCACUGCUCCUGCUGCCUGCUCUACAAGAAGCGACAGCCCACUAAUGGAGCCUCCGGUGUCGCCAACAUGUACAGCUUCUCCGGCACCACCACGCCCUCGGAGACGCCGCGGUCCCUCUCCAGAGCUUCUUCAAGAUCCCACGGGACGGUCGAGUCGGCGGGGUCCGUGUCGAGCAACCACUUCGACCACAGGAAUCUGCUGGACGGCGAGGAACCCCGGGCGCCCGUGCAGACGUUCGCCGUCGACAGGCGCGUGCUCGGACCCAGGCCAGGUGGGUCCCGAUCGCAAUGUUUGCGUGUUCUUGUUUAUGCCGCCAAGACUUGCCAAAGGUCAGCCCCGGUAAGAUCUGACGUCUCAGUUGUCGCCCUCGAGUGCCAUGUGGCCAAGACGCGGCCCCGAGGCUCUAGUGCCACCUCGGGUGCCAUCUGCUGCAUUCCGACCCUGGGAGUCAGCCGCCAUGACCACUCUACCAGAUGCACUGCUCCUCCACAGCCUCCGUGUCGCAACAUGUACAGCUUCUCCGGCACCACCACCCCUCGGAGACGCCGCGGUCCCCUCUCCAGAUACCCCCCCCCUCGAUUCACGUGCUCAUCUCUCGACCUCAGAUCCCACGGGACGGUCGAGUCGGCGGGGUCCGUGUCGAGCAACCACUUCGACCACAGGAAUCUGCUGGACGGCGAGGAACCCCGGGCGCCCGUGCAGACGUUCGCCGUCGACAGGCGCGUGCUCGGACCCAGGCCAGUGUCCCUCAACAUGAGCGACCGAUCGAGCAGCAUCUCCGAGGGCGGCCCCACCGACCCGCCGCCGCCCUACUCGGCCCCGCACUCCACCCUCGUCGCAGUCCGGACGUCCUCCGCCUACGCCCUCGCCGCUACGCCCCGGCCGCCCUCGCCCACCUACGGACACCACAAUCCGUACGUGAUUAGCGGUGGCGACAGCGGCUACAGUUCGGGGCCUCUCGCUACAUUCCCACAGACGUUCUUGUCUCCUGCCUCGCCCGCCCGCCCUCCGCCCCUGAGAAUCACGUCCGCGAUGCCCCAGACCUUCGCCCCCGCUCUCACGCCCACCACCCGCCCCUGCAGCACCGCCCAUAUCAUCCACACACACCACCCGGGCCCCGACGAGAACCUCUACACUGCCACGAAGUUUUAAGGGCGCACUGCUUCUGCGGCUGACACCUCCUGUUGCUCUGCUUCCUCUGCGUGCACACACAUACACACACACACACACACACACACACACACACACACACACACACACACACACACACACACACACACACACACACACACACACACACACACGCACGCGCACGCGCACUAACGCAGAGGAAAGGGAGCGCUCAUAGGACGGUGGGUUUGAGGAAGAACAAAAGAAGCGAGAUAUGGAGAAGAGAUAAGGAAGUGAGAUAAAAAAGGUCAACCGACGAGAACCGUUCGGGGGCAGCAUGGUUGGGGGAGACCAUGGAGCCCCGGGAACUUAAGGAAGGAAGGAAGAAGAGGAAGGAAGAAGAAACAGUGGGGAGAAAGAAGUACAUCACGUCCAGCUAUCGAAGACAAGAUUUCUUCACACGGGAGAAAAGGGGGAAAAAAGAGAGAAAAAGACUAAGAAAAAGAUAGAAAAAAUGCCUAAGUUUCUGAGCGUCUCCGAAUCCUUCCGGUGACGAGAGAUAAAACUUUUUAAAUUGCUCAGAAUGCCGAGGCCAUAACGGGCAGCCAUGUUGACGACGACCAGCCCCUUAACCCCUUGAGCGAAGGGGACCGUCCAGGUGGCUGGCGAGGAGGAGGGGAGGGAGGGGCAGGGGGAGAGGCAUCCCUCGCCACCCCGCUCUCAACUUCUCUUGUUCGACUUUGAGGAGACUUUUUCUGCUCUCACUGAUGGUGCAUACUGUUUAUAACAAGGCUGAUUCAGAAGCCGUGUGUUUUUAUGUAUGUGUAUAUAUAGAAGACGAGAAAAAAAUUGUAUUCUGAAGUGAUUUCCCGAUUGUGUUGGCGACUCUCAAGCAGAAACCAAGAGGUCCAACGCAAUCUCCUUUUAUUCUGUGUGUGGGAUGCGAACACUGGGUGAAAGAAAAGAAUUUCCGUGAACGUUAUUUUGAAGAUCUUUCAUUUUCUAUUUCUCACUUUCGACCCGCAAACCCUACACCCUGGUACAUGUACUUAGGUCCAAAGUGUAAACUCCUCUCUCCGUGAUAACUUCGAUCGCUUUGCCUAGCUCUGUGUAGUGUGCUUGUGCACGUACAAGAGCGGUGUUGAACAAGUGUGCGAGCUGGGAUGGGGAGAGGGGAGUGGGGAGAGUGGAGUGGAGAAGAGAGAGGUUAGAGUGGAGUGGAGAAGAGAGAGGGGGAGAGUGGAGAGAAGUGAAGAGAGGAAAGAGGAGAGAGUGAGAGAGAGUGAGCUCCCAAGCACAACAAGCACCGCAACUUUCAUUUCUGGCGUCGAGGGAGUUUCGGCCAAACUCGGCAGAACUGUUCUUCCGAGCUCUGAGAACUUAUCAUUCAGGUAUUAUAAACUUUCCGAGGCUGUUCUCUCCAGGAGGGCUCUCGCAGCUGUUACUCGUGACUGAUACUUAUUAAGUGGAAAAAAUAAACAAACCAACAAAAAACAAAAGCAAGAACUGCAUUUAUUUUUGGAAAAGGGGAGAAAAAGAACGGCAGUGAUGAAUAGAACAAUGAAUUUUAAAACAUGUGGAUAAGAAGUGUAAGAAAAGAAAAGAAAAAAGAAAAA